AUGUAUCUUUUACAGAAAGAACUCAAAGAAAUGAUGCAAGAGUGGAAUAUACAUAGAAUCAGAAAAUCUAAGAAUAGUAUAUGUUGUUAUGGUCGACCCAUAACUAUGUUUGAAAUCCCUGAAGAGCAAAACACCAUAGACUUUAUACAUACAGUUGAAAUCAGCGAAUUACAACUCUGCAAAAAUGAAAACAUGUAUUCUACGAACAUAUGUUGUGAUGAAACUGUUUAUGAACUUUGCAAUAUUAUCCUAGCAGAAAAAAGAAUUGCUAUACCUGAUGAUCCUUACAGCAUUAUUGAUUAUAUAUAUAUUAUGUUAAGAAAUACAAUACAAGAAAAAAUAAAUUAA